UACGGGAGUAGGUGCUCCCUCAAAGAGUACUAACGUACCGAGUACGGAGAUCUUUCCUCGACAAGGAUCGUCACCCCUGUAAUCGCCAGGCAUGAGUGCCUCAAGCAUUUCGUUUUUCUUUUCUUUUUCUCUCCCCCUGGACUGUUUCGAUCGCUUUACCGCCUCCGCUGUACACGACUUUCUCCCUCUCGCUGCUGGUCGAAAUCACGGCGGUUUGACCGCUCAUCCUCGAUGCACUGGGCAGUCGGGAGCACCAGCCCUGUCUGCAUUGACGUUACGAUGCGUCAAACUUCAUAUCGCGGCCGUGUGAGACGUCAAGUGGCUGCUGAUCCGCCAGACGAUCCCGAUAACCCGGGUCGCCAGGCUGCAUGACUGGGGUUUUGAGCAACCUGGGUGAAACACCACCGCAGCC